CAGAGCCGAGAUUGAUUGUGAUGAAAGAGAAACAACAGAAUUGCCAUGUAUCGAGGGUUUAUGUGGGAAGACGUGGCGUGCAUCUGGGAAGUAACCUUAGCAACCGAAGAAUCCUGAACAGCCUGCAGAGUUGCUGUACGUAGAAGCAUUAUUUCAUCGCCGACGUCCCAUUUUCAGCACCUUGGACAACGACGAGCACGCUUCACAGUGCGACACGCUGAGGAAAAAAAGGAGUAAUCGACGAAUAUUUCUAUAUUUACCAGACCUUCUUCUUCUAUAUCUACAUUUAUCACCGUGAGUGAGACGUAUUGAUUUAUUCCGUAUCUAAAGACCCCGUAAUAAUCAAGGCAACAUGGGAACUGUACUCUCAGUGUCCCCGAGCUACCGAAAGGCAAGCCUGUUUGAUGAAAAACCACCCCCUCUGGCACAUUAUACAGCUGUGCAGAACAGUAAAAACGCCAAGGACAAGAGCCUGAAACGGCAGUCACUCAUCAAUGUCCUGCCAUGGAAGCGGAUUGUGGCAGCUUCGGCCAAGAGAAAAGGUUCUAAGAAGCUGGCCUCUGGGGACAGUCAAGAUGAAGAGAGCGUGGGCACCCUCAACAGCCAAAACCUGAAGAAGUCCCAGUCCUGUGCCAACCUCUCCGGCUUCACCCAGGAGUCGGCCGUGAGCUCCAUUCCCACAUCGAAAACCACCGCCAAUGUGGCCUCCACUGCGAAGAGGACCUCCAUCAACGGAUCGGUGGGCCAAGCGACCAACGCGGGCACACCCAAAAGAGUAAUCGUGCAGGCUUCCACCAGCGAGCUCCUGAGGAGCCUAGGCGAGUUCCUGUGCCGACGCUGCUACCGAUUGAAGCGCCUCUCCCCAGCCGACCCUGUUCUGUGGCUGCGCAGCGUGGACCGCUCCCUUCUGCUGCAGGGCUGGCAGGACCAGGGCUUCAUCACCCCGGCUAACGUGGUCUUCCUCUACAUGCUCUGCCGUGAGGUCAUUUCGGCCGAGGUGUCCAGUGAGCGCGAGCUACAGGCCGAGGUGCUCACUUGCCUCUACCUCUCCUACUCCUACAUGGGAAACGAGAUUUCAUACCCGCUCAAGCCCUUCCUGGUGGAGACGGAUAAGGAUGCCUUCUGGAAUCGCAGUUUGGCGAUCAUCAACCGCAUGAGUAGCAAAAUGCUCCAGCUUAACUCUGACCCACACUACUUCACACAGGUUUUUGCUGACCUGAAAAACGAAAGUCAAAAGGAGGAGGAGAGCCGGCUGCUUAUAGGCCUGGAUCGAUAA